GUCGUUUUCGAGCCAAACAUCUCGCAAAGAAACGACCAUGGGUGACUUGAACGAGCUGAUCAAGAGAACGCAAGAGGUCCUUCAACCACUCAUUGCCAAGCCAAAGCUGGCAGAGAAGCUUCUUCAGAAACCUCCGUUCCGCUUCCUCCAUGACAUCUUCGCGGCGGUGACGGCGUCGACUGGGUUCGCCAAGGGUCUGUACACCGACUUCGAGCUUGACUCGGCCAACGUCAAGGAGAAACACCAGAAGCUGCAGUUCCUCGACAAAAUGAUCUAUUUCACGGGGCAAUGCCACGGCAAAGAGAUUGACGUCCGGUCGGCCAAGAUCGUCGCGGGCUUGGAGCCUGAGAACACCAACAUCUUCCUCACGGAGCUCGCGCUCGCCGCGUCGAAUUCGUCCUUGGACUGGAACGGCGCCGUCCAAAAGACUCAAGUGGCGUACCCGCCGCUGGCCGAGACGUUAGCCGGAUCUGGUGGCGGGGGUGGGGCUGCUGCUGCAGACGCAAAGCAAUUGCCCAGUGAGGACAAACCAUCGACUGCCAAGGAAACCACUGCCGCCGUGGCACCGCCUGCCCGGGACGAAGCUAAAGAAGCCGAGGAGAAAGCCAAGGCGGACGAGCGAGCUGCGAGAGAUAAGGCGAGACGAGCAAAGGAAGAGCGAGAGAAGGAGGCAGCAGCCACCGCACAAGCUUCAGCAUCCAGCGAACCUAAGCCGCCUUCCUCCGAGAGCUCCAGUCGCCCAAGCAGUAACAGCAAGGCCACGAGAAAUGAGAAUAACGAUGCCGGUGGUGAAUAUGCUGCUCAGGUGCGCGAAUGCAAUGGCGACGUCGAACGCACCAAGGAAAUGGUUGAAACGAUCAUUUCCAAGCCGAAAAUGUCGGCCAAGUUGCUCAGCAAGCCGCCGUUCCGGUUUCUGCACGACAUCGUGUCCGAAGUGACGCGGUCAACAGGGUUUGCUGACGGAUUGUACGCCGGGGACGAGCUCGACUCGAACGCGAUCAAGGAGAAGCAGCCCAAAAUCGACUACUUGCAAAAGAUCUUGCACUGCGUGGGGUGUCAAUUAAACGUCGAAGUGGACGCCAAGCCCGCCAAGAUCGUUGCAGGGCUCGAGCCAGACGACACCAACAAGUUUCUCCAGCUGCUUGUGAUUGCUGCGAAAGCUGGCAACUCGGCGGCGGCGGUGCAGCGUGUUCUGGCAGGCGACACGGCGCCCAGAGCGCCGUCGGCAGAGUCCAAGGCUAAACGACCGUCGGUUGUAGCAAAAAACCCCGCGCCUCAAGAUGAGCCCCCUGCGAAGUCGUCCGAAACCAAGCAAGCAGCCAAAGUCGACUCGACGGGACCGGUCAAGGCUAUGGCGGUGACCGCACAAGACGACGACGGCGACUUGGCGAGCGAUGCUAAGUCGGCCGGCAACGAGGACGACUCGUCCGCCAAGCCGGGCACUGCGAACCGCACGGCGCGGCCGACAACUGCCCGACGGCGUCCACCCAAGCUCAAGGAGAACGUCAAGGAGGUGGGCCGGUUGGUACGCGACGAUAAAGUGACGCCCACGGUGGGCAUCAUGAAGGACGGAGACAAUGCCGACAGCGACGAUGACACGCUGGACGCAGCGGAGAAAGGGACCAACCCCCACCGCGACAACAUGCUCCAACACGACGACACGACACACGGCAAGUUGAUUCGCGACAUUCUCAAGGAUCAGAGCGUUGCCGCCGACGACGACGAAGAAGCAAACCGCAAGUCGAAAGAAGACGAAGAUGCCAAGGGUAACGAUAGCGGCAUUCGGCUGGGGAAGCGGCGCAAGUCCUUCAAGGAAAAGACCAAAGGCGGCACGUCCACGGCCGCCGAGAUCAACGACCUCCGCGUGUCCAUCCAAAAGAUCUGCCAGGCCACCAACCCCGUGGGCAAGUGCAUCGAGUACGUGUACGAAGACAUGGAAGCGAUGGCGAGGGAACUGGAUGUGUGGAAGAAAGAGUAUGAAAAAAAGUGCGACGUGCUCGAGGACGAGAAAAAGAAGUCGGAGGAUGCGCUGCAGCCGCUGUCUGCGCAGUUGGUCGAAGUGGACGAGCAGAUCAAAGAACAAGUACACAAGAUCAACACGCUCAAGGCCACGAUUGCCAAGAACGAAGACAAGAUGCUCAAGCUGUUGCGGAUGGUCGUGACCGCGUGAUGAGCCUAUAUACUGUAUAGUAUGUGCAUGUAUAAAACAACAUGGAGUCGUAAGGUGUGCAAGUCCCAUGCAUGUACACUAUAUUGGAAUUAUUGUGUUGUUAAGUCGAAUGAGGGGCUAGAAACAGCGCUUUUUCCAGUGGCGAGUACACGUCGGCGCCACCCUUUAUGCACGAGAUCAAGUAACUCACGUCCUUGGCCUCAAACGUGUCGUCUUGACGGAACCGGUCCAAUUCGUCGCCAAACACUGUCGCAAACUCCUCUAAAUACAAGUCGUGGAACGCAUCGUCGUUGCUGCUUGCGACGUUCGGGUCGGCGUGCGCCAGCAGCGCGCGGCUGGCCUUGCUCGCGUCGUGAAACGCCUGGGACUUUUGGGCAACAGCGUCCACGCUCUCGUCUGCGGCAAUCAGUUCUCGCACGGCUGAGGCAUACGCGUCGCCGUGAAUGUCCUCUGCAUUGUCGUGCAUGCUGUGGUUGAAUUUGUGUGACAGACGGAUCGCUUUGUCGAGGAGGUCCGCGCACCGCAGGGUCUUCUCCACAGCCUCUUCCAGGAUAACCGUCGCAUCUUCAGGAUCGGUGCCGCGAGCUAGUUGGUCGACGUUCUCAAGGUUGGCCAGCGCCGAGCCUUCGUUCAAAGGCGUCUCGCCCAGGCGUCGGAUGAGUUCGUCGUACCCAGCCAUUUGAAUUCGAGU